AUGGUUUCAGCCAGCCCCCUCCAUAGGCAUCGGAACGGUGUUCGAUCCUCAAUCGAACUUGAAAAACGCUAUGUGGUGAAUGGGCUUUUCACAGAACCGGUGGUGCCAGGAAAACGACAUGAACAAUCAGCAGAGAACACUGAGGCUCAGAACACCCAAACAGUGUCGAGCAUUGAUCCAUUCGCUGUCCCUACAAGACAAGGAACGGAAGAUGGCAGAGCACCUGCCGUGGGUGUUGGAGGGUCGAACACAAGCUUAUUGAGCCUUCUGACACAGGCUCUCACUAUCACUGAGACUGCAAGAGCACAACCAUCCAACCUAGAGCAAAAUGCGCAGCAAACUGGAGCUCCUGCUGGGGCUGGAAGCGGGACGGCGAUCAAUCCUGUUGGCGCUGCUGCUGUAUCGACAACUACCGUUCAGAUCCAAACGACAGUGCUCGAGACUGUACAAGUGACAGUACAGGCAACUGCUGCAGCAGCCCUAUCUUCGGUUGCAGCUCCAGCUGGAGAGGCUCCGGGCCUAUCUCAACAGCCAGCUGCUCAAUCAGCUGGACCAGAAGUGCCUACCACGGCAUCAGUGGUGUUCAUCACGGCAAAUCCCUCCUCCAGUGCACCUACAACUGAGUCAACCACAUUGGACACUGCAAAAAACACAGCAACUGCAAGCGACGUAAUAGCUGCAGCUACAACCACUACCACAGCCCCAGCGGCACCAAGCACUGAGACUGUUUCCCCGCCUCAGCCUGCAACGGCAGAUGCCCCUAUUGCAAACUCCCAAUUGCUGGGUCUUGGCGAGGAUAGAACGUCUACGACUACACUGGCGAGCACCACCACCGAAGUCAUCGCUGCAACUGCCGCAGCGGCCCAGGAGAGCAGUGCAGUCAAUACAUCGGCAGCUACCAGCACCAGCUCUGAAGAGGCAGCAGCAGCGGUGACUGAGCCUGCUACUGUCACGAUUAGACCAGGUCUCGGCUCUAUACCAGCCGCAGAAGCGCGACCAGCAACACUGAGCACAGCUUCUCCACCACCUGCACAAGAGACGACAGACCCUGCAGCCCCGAUUAGCACCGCCGCCGCGAAUUCUCUGGUCACGGCGGCUCCCGAGCAGCCAUCUGAUUCAGUUACUCUAGCAGUUGUCCCUGUGACCAUAGAAACAGUGCAACAAAAUCAGAAUGCAUUUACAGUGACGGAGACACAAACUGUUACAACUACGGUCACUGCUGUAUAA